CUCAUUGUGAGUGCCUAUUAUUUUUUUCUUUUUCUUUGAUCAUAAACACUAUCCUUUUGAGUUGCACUAAUAAAUGGCUUUAAUGGAGGAAAUGGCUUCGUAUGUCAUAGUUGAGACUGACCUAACAAAAUAAGUUUAGUUCAUAUAAAGGGAAAAAUUCUACAAUCAAUUUGUACUGGGAAAAGGAAAAAGAGAGAGAGAGAGAGAAAGGAUGGUUUUCUCAACGGUGUUAACAUCAGUUCCAAAUCUCUACCUUACCAGGAAACCCAAGAAUAUUCACAUCCAAAUUCGAUGCCUAUCGUCACCAUCUGUAUCAAUUUCAAGUCAAUCAAAUUUGACCCAAUUCGAUUUAAAGGCUUACUGGGCUACCCUUUAUGCAGAAAUCACUCAAAAGCUUGAAGAAGCAAUCCCAGUGAAAUACCCAGAUCAGAUCUAUGAAGCUAUGAGGUACUCUGUUCUUGCAAAGGGUGCUAAGCGAGCCCCUCCUGUUAUGUGUGUGGCUGCCUAUGAAAUCUUUGGGGAUAAUCGACUCGCUGCUUUUCCUACUGCUUGUGCUCUUGAAAUGGUUCAUGCUGCUUCACUAAUUCAUGAUGACCUUCCUUGCAUGGAUGAUGCUCUAGAACGCAGAGGCCAACCUUCGAACCAUAAGGUCUUUGGUGAUGACAUGGCAAUCCUUGCUGGUGAUGCACUCUUCCCUCUUGGCUUCCACCAUAUUGUCAUGCAUACGCCUCCUGAGCUUGUUCCUGAAUCCCGGCUCUUGCGUGUGAUUGCUGAGAUAGCACGCACUGUGGGGUCUUCUGGCAUGGCUGCUGGGCAGUUCCUAGACCUUAAAGGCGGCAACACUGUUGAUUUUAUCCAAGAGAAAAAAUACGGUGCAAUGGGUGAAUGCUCUGCGGUGUGUGGGGGAUUGUUGGCUGGUGCCAAAGAUGACGAGAUAGAAAGGUUGAGGAGGUACGGGAGAGCUGUGGGUGUAUUGUAUGAAGUGGUGAAUGAUGUUUUGCUGUCAAAAUCGACAGAAAAAGAAGGAACCGAGGGGCAGGAAAAGAAAGGUAAAGGUUAUGUGAGGUUGUAUGGGAUCGAGAAGUCGAUGGAGAUUAUGGAAGAGCUUCGAAGCAAGGCUAAGAACGAAUUGGAUGGCUUUGAAAAGUAUGGUGACUGUGUGGCGCCACUCUAUAGCUUCAUAGAUUAUGCUAUUAAUAGAGGUUUCAAUGUUAGUGACUUGAGUCAAUGAUGUGCUUUUUUUUCAUGUUGGUGAAUUUACAUUGACGAUUGCUAGUUAUCGACCCGGUUAACAUCAGUGUGUUUCUUGAAAUUUUCUAAAAUACAUCAUGUGCAGGGGUACAAGAA